UCUCUGUGCGCGCAAUUUCUGGUCGACGGCGGCGGAGGCGGAACAAACAGGACGGCGUGCGUACCGUCGCGUUGUCACGCGGAUUGAUCUACGUCUCUGCCGCACGCAUAUACGCACGGUGCCGUGAUUGAGCAGAAGUGAUUGGCUCCAGGCUCCAGAACUCGCUGGAGCACCACGGGGAGAUCCACGUAGCGAUCGCGCGCCGACGCGACGACGGCCAGGCGUCGAUGCCGUCGAUCAAAUCUGUAGACGGACGGACCGUCCUGCUUUUCGGGCGCUGAGAGAACGGCUGCGAUCCGCGGCGUGCCGUGCAGAAACGUUAUAGAGAUUAAUCGCGAGGCUAACGCGAUGGGACGGCGAUAGCGCUCACCAAGUUCACCAAAGUUGUAUCGAUCAGCCGGAAUGGGGUCUGCAGUGUGGUGGCUGAUCGUGGCCGUCGUCGCGAUAAUCUCGACGGGGGAAGCCCUUGAGGGACCGAACAUAUGCACCCGGCAGGAUACAUAUACGAUAACGGUGAAAGUGUCCGAGCAGAAACCGUACACCAUACGGGAGAACACGUGGUGCUUGAGCUUCCCACCGAGAUGUUCCAAAUACAAAGUUGUCUACAGAACAGUCUAUAAGGAACAGGAAUUGACGAAACAAAGGCCCGUGGAAGAAUGCUGCAAAGGCUACACGGAGACCACGAGCGGCGACCGUUGCAUUCCAGUCUGCUCCGAGGAUUGUCGCCACGGUACUUGCAUCGCGCCCGACAUCUGCAAAUGCGAAUCGGGAUACGGCGGCCCGUUAUGCGACUUCAGGUGCCCGUUGGGUAAAUGGGGCAGAGAUUGCGAGAUAGAUUGCAAGUGCCAGAACGGUGCCACGUGCGAUCCAUUCGACGGCAAGUGCAUGUGUACCAGAGGCUGGACCGGCGUGUACUGCGAUCAAAAGUGUUCUUCCAACCGCUACGGGCAAGAUUGCGUCGAAGAGUGCCGUUGCAGAAACGGUGGAAGCUGCCAUCAUAUCUCCGGCGAAUGUCAUUGCGCUCCCGGCUACACCGGACCACUAUGCGACGACUUGUGUCCGAGGGGAAAACACGGCGACGAAUGCAAGUCGGAGUGCCGUUGUCAGAACGGUGGAUCCUGCAACCCCCAGACUGGCGAAUGCUACUGCACAUCCGGCUGGACGGGUUCAGUUUGUGCGAAUCGGUGUCCGGAGGAUUUUUGGGGGAAGAACUGUAGUCGGACCUGCGACUGUUAUAACGAAGCCGGCUGCAAUCACGUUACGGGCGAGUGUCAAUGCAAACCGGGUUUCUAUAGCGAUAAAUGUCUGAAGAUCUGUCCUGAGGGCACGUUUGGACUGAAUUGUACAAACAAUUGCACCUGUGAAAAUGAUGCUACGUGCGAUCCUAGUAACGGUACCUGUGUAUGCGGUCCAGGUUGGAAGGGUAAAACGUGCAAUCAACGAGCCUGCGAGGACGGCUUGUACGGUUCCAAUUGUGCAAAGGUUUGCGAAUGCGAGAAAACCAAUACGGAGCUAUGUCAUCCGUGGACCGGACAAUGUUCCUGCAAAAUGGGAUGGGACGGCGAAACCUGCGCCAGGCCGUGUCCCUUCUACACGUUCGGCAAGGGUUGUGAGCAUCGUUGUAACUGCAAAAACAACGCGCAAUGUUCGCCCAUCGAUGGCACUUGCAUUUGCGCGGCCGGAUAUCGUGGAAAGGAUUGCGGCGAGUUGUGCCCCGCGAACACGUUUGGGGAGGACUGCGCGCAGAAGUGCGCCUGUAAGAAUGGAGCCAGCUGCUCGCCUGAGAACGGACGCUGCAACUGUACGGCUGGAUGGGUCGGUGUUUUGUGCGACCGUCCGUGCGACGACAAGACCUACGGCAAGGAUUGCGAAGGCAAAUGCAGCUGCUUUAACAAUGCGGCCUGCAACCCGCAAAAUGGCACGUGCACGUGUGCGGCUGGUUUCACCGGCACACUGUGUCAGGAUCGUUGUAAAAAGGGCUUCUUUGGAAACGGAUGCAAUCAGAGUUGCGACUGUGUCGAGGAGAAUACCGUGGACUGUGACUCCGCUACCGGGUACUGCAACUGCAAGCCAGAAUGGCGAGGAAUACGAUGCGAAACAAAGUGCCCGGAGGGUCUUUACGGCGAGGAUUGUCACUCGCAUUGCGAUUGCAUGAACAAUAGUUCGUGUGAUCCCACGACAGGAAGUUGCGUCUGCGCCAGGGGUUGGGAGGGCCCUGAUUGCUCGCAACCCUGCAAGGAAGGAUGGUACGGGCUGGGAUGCAGAGAGAAGUGCCCGGCGAAAGUUAACGAAAAUCUGACUUGCAAUCACGUUACCGGCCAGUACGUUUGCCGUCCGGGAUACCUGGGUCUCACCUGCGAACAUCCGUGUCCGCCCAAUCGUUACGGGCUAAACUGCGCGAAUCACUGUCACUGUAAGAACGGCGGGGAAUGUCAUCACGUAACAGGUGUAUGCCAAUGUCGACCUGGCUGGCAAGGCGAGUACUGUCAAACACCCUGCGCGGAGGGUACGUACGGCGUUAAUUGUACACAACAUUGCAAGUGUCAGAACGGCGGUAAAUGCAGAUCUAACGAUGGCCAUUGUCGAUGUUCGCCAGGAUGGACCGGGACCAGUUGUAACGAAAUUUGUCCCGAGGGAUACUACGGUGACCAUUGUAUGGAGCCUUGCGAAUGUAAAAAUGACUUCUUCACGUGCCAUCCAGCCGAGGGUUGUAUUUGCAGGCAUGGAUAUACAGGUGAGAAUUGCGACGAACAACUGUUCUCCCGCAAUAUCCAAGAGAAGGACGACGGAGGAUAUGGGCACAUUGUCGGAGUCGUAUUUGCGACUUUUGUUAUAAUAGGUGUUUUGUUAGCUGCAUGGAUGUACCAUCGGCGCAGAGUGGCUGAUCUCAAGAGUGAGAUAGCUCAAGUGCAAUACACGGCUGAGCCUGUAUCUCCGCCAGAACGAAAUCAAUUCGACAAUCCGGUGUAUGCAUAUCAAGGUUCCUCGAAGUUCGACGAUGGCACUACUACAUUGCUGAACAACUUCCAGUUCCGGAAUAAUUUCCACAAGAACAUAAAUACCGAGAAAGCUAAAUUUGGCCUAAAUAGCUGUACCGAUGACGAAGACGAUUGUAAAGGAGCGUACGGAUUGGAAUACGACCUGAAGAACAGGGACGCCGAUAUGGGAAAUCCAAACUUAAACGUGUAUCACAGCAUCGACGAGAUGGACGGCAAGAAAGUCGAGCACGUCUACGAUGAGAUCAAGCAGAACAACGAGUCGGAAUAUGACGAGUUGAAUCAGCCGCGGCCGGUCAGUUGGAAUAUAAAGCCACAAUCGAGUCGGACAGCCAAUGGCUUCCUGCCUAAAUUACGCGACAGUCCGGGACCUAGCAAAGCGAUAGACAAGGAUCCGGAAUUAGGUGAAACCUAAAAAAUCCACACAGCGUUCCUCGUUUCUAACUGCCCAGAUUUGAAGUAGAAUGAACUUUAUUUACGUUCGGUCGGAAGACUGUCCGCUUUCUGUAAGGAGCAAGUCUGUGGUAUUACUUCUACCAUUUAAGCAAAUUUCUUGAGUAAGUCUUCACAACAUAAUUACGGAUAAUUAUGAAACUCUAAUUUCAUAAAAAUUAUGUUGUAUAUUUUAUAUAUAAAAUCUAUUUGCGCACUUCUCGUGUCUAUAUUUGGCAAAGUACGGCAGUAUUACGAAAAUAUUAUUUCGUAUGCGAGACAAGAAAAAUGUAAAACAAAAAAUAUUUUCUGGCAUGCUCUUCUUUAAUAUUUAGAUUUUACUUGAGAUAUUAUCGAUCUCUCUCAUUUUCUCAUUCGCCACGGAUCAUUGCAAUGAGAAAAUGAACGUUUCUGUAUAUAUAAACAUAUUCUUUUUAAGUAUAAUUUUAAUUAAAUUAUUAAAUAUCUAUUUGAUAUAUACGUGCAUAUGUUGCCAAAACGGGCAUAAGUAGUUUAAGAAGCUGGCAAUGAUAAACAUGUGAUAAAUCAAAUCAUGUGAAUAGAGUUUGUCAAUACACAAAGAUUAAUAUUGUGGAAGAUCGUUUAUAUAUCUACAUUUUUUUAUUCGUCGAACGGUUAUAUCAAUAUUGCAGUGGUUAUAAAGACAUUUAAAAGAAUUCUACUAAUUGUUGAUCAAUUUAUAAUUUAGUACAUUAAAUAAAUGAUGCGAUCUUAUUUACAGUGAACGAAUGCAAUAAAUGCAAUAAAUUAGGUAACAUAUUGCAUUAAAAUAUUAUGUAAAAAUUAGACGAUUACUAUGAACGUGGCGUAUUCUUACGUAUGCAAGAGAAAAGUAGGCAGGCUUAAUUUUCACCAUUUAUACUCUACUUAGUUGUAACACAAUAAUUGAUUAUCAGUUAGAUAUAUUCAGAAGACGUGCAUGUAAAUUUUAAAUGCCCAUUUUUUUACGUUUCCUUUUUCAAGGAAAAAUAGUGUGCAAGGUGUCAUGGGGUAUGUCGUUCAUUCCGUUUAUCUUGCAAUCAUCUUGUGAUAUAAUUCUAUCUAUUUUGAUAAAUCUAAAUGAAAAGCAUAUUAGUCUAUACCGGUAACGUAUAAUUGAUAUUUAGAUUGAGAAAUACGAUCGUGUGUAUUCUAAGCAGAUAAAAACAUUUGCAGGAUAAAUACAAGUAAUAGAACAAAUUUGUCUGUAAAGUAAGAUAGUGAUCAGUGUGAUAAUACCGUGAUGUGCAUUGUUUACAUGUCAACGAUUAAGAAAGAUAUUUUAAUAAAGGUUCACGAGACAUUUUAUUGUGGUCAUACGUAGACAAUCGUAUAAUGUAAAAACACUUGUUCUACUGCUCCUCCAUCAAGUUAUAAUUUAAGGAAAGUAAAGUCCGGUACUUUUUUUGUUGCGUGCGAUAUUGCCUUACAUUCUCGACCAUCUAAGGUCUGUCAUGUAAUUCACGAAUCGACGUAUGGCGUGAAGGAUUCAAAAAUCACGUAUUCUGGUUAUACAGUUCGCAUUACACGGAGCACACGUACCUAUUCUUAAGAUUACUUCGUAGGAACCUUUCUUAUCAUUUGGAAUCAAUCAUCGCCAGUUUUCAUCAUCGAUAUUAACGCCUUGUAAAUAUAUUUCUGCGACGGAUCGCGGCGCAUUGUUUUUGUAAUGAUUUUUGUUAGUCCUCUCUCAGCCUCCGUGCUCGUAUGAUUUCCCAAAUGGGCGGCACGAUCCAGUAGCAUCCGCCGAGAAACUGCAGCAACGCGACCGCACGAAGACACGCGUUCUCCUCUGCGGUUGUAAAUUUGAAAACAAAUCUUUAGAUUAUGAGUUUAUCUUUGUUACUGUCGUACCCGCGGCGCAUCACGCGUACCGAAGAAGCGAAAUUUAUAAAUCUCUGUAAAAUUGUAAGAGGAAAGAAUAAAUAAAUAAAAAAUCGAUGUUACAAAAAUA